UCACAUAUUCCCUAUUUGAGAUAUAGUAUUUCUCUCCAUAGCAGAAGGCAGGUUUGCUUACAAGAGAUUGAGGUUUCCUAAGCUCUGGGUUUCUUUCCUAUAAUGAAACCCACUGUGUGUGCAGAUGUCACCUGGCCUUUGUCCCAUCACCCUGUGGGAAUUGGGCUUGAGGAACUAGUGUAAGAAAAUGAUACUGUGGCUAUACUGCUGUUGCUCUGAUUAAAAAACUGUCCUUUGUCUCUGAGUCUGUCUUUUGUCUGUAUAAGUGACACUCUGGCAGGCUAACUUUUUAGCUUGCAGGUAGGAUAAAAACCUCAGACAUGUUCUUGAUGCAAGUCCUCUUUCUUUAGUGUGCUGAAAUGGGAAUCAUUGAUUUGAUACUUGUUAAUGGGAAGCAUACUAUUGAGUAAGCUAAAUGUAUAACAAGACAGAUACUUUUUCUGUUGUCAAAUUUUGAUGUUCAAAUAUUCUUUAAAAUGUCUCCAGUACCCUAGUUUUAGUUCCAUCUUUAAUUUACUUAUUCAUCAGUUAGUUCUCUGUAUUCUUUUUGUUCUUAAUUUUCUCAGAUUGUUGCACCAUUAGAAGCUAGGGUGAUCUACAGACAGACAGAUGGCUGAAAGUGGAAAAGAAAAAAUAAAAUGGACAACCACCAUUAUUAUUAGCUCAUCUCUUAAGAGUUAUGAAGUUGCAACUGCCCUAGAAAAUCGAAGCCACAAAGUUCGAUAUUCAGAUUCAGUGGAAAAUGGAUCAAUUAUAUUUUCUCUUUCUGGAGUUGCAUUUUUAUUAAUGGAUACUAAGGAAUGUAUUCUGUCAACCGAAGAAAUAUUGCUAGCCAAAAUUGAGAAAUUUAUUAACAUUCACCAGAAUAGUUUUUUGGUUUUGUCUGCUGCCCUCCAUGGGCCUGAAGAAUGGAAACUGAUGUUCAGAAUUCAGCAGAGAUUCCUGGGUCGUAACUUACGAAUACUUCCAGUACACAACACAGUAAAUGCUAUUAAUCUUAUGUGCACUAUAGCAAAGACUACCUCCAAACCAUACAUAGAUAGCAUUUGCUACAGAAUGAUAACAGCUAAAGCUUACAUCAUUGAGCAAAGUCCUGUUUGGAAAACACUUCAGAAGAUACAACUGAAUAGUGAUUCAGUUAACCCAAAUUAGAGUACCAACUUAAUGCUCUUCUCAAAGAAUGUGAAAAUAAUUAGAACUGUUAAAUUAUAAUCAAAUAUCUAUUUAAAGACAUUUAUAUUAAUUUGAAAUAACAUGUAUACAAUUAAAAGUGAUUUUAUUUUAGUUUUGCUGUGAGAUUUCUUUAAUGCUGUUUAGCAAAGGAUUGGUACAUACAUAUAAAACUCAGGUGUAGCUUCUUAGAUGGACAAGUAUUUAGUAGGAAAUAAAAGUAGAGAAUUUUCUAAUCAGUUUCUUAAAGUCAUAUGUAUUUUUUAGUUUUUUUUCCAUAAAGGUAGCAAGUAUUUCUAAAACUAAUCUUUGCAGAUGUUUUCCUAUUAUAACUUCUGCUGGAGAGGUGGUGAUGGGACUCUGUUCCCAAAGACUCCACCUAAGCCAGGAAAAGAGAAGCUAAGAAAAAAGUCAAGUGGCCUGAAUUCAAAACUUUCUACUCAUUUACACUGCUGUGAUAGCCAACAUGACACUAGGAGUUCCGAAAUGUUACAUAGCAUCUAACUUCAGCAGAAAAUGUAUCAGUAUUUUUAUAAGCUCACUAAAACUGUAGGAAUGAAUAUAGACAAUUCAAUUACAUUUUAUGAAGUUACAAAAUUAUUAGUUUGUAUU